ACUUCAAAGGGAAACGGAGCCUCUCUAGAAAGGAUUCGCCUGCGAUACACUGAGCGUAAAGAGAUGCUUAUGGGAACCUACAAUUCCUUAUCUAUAAGGACAUCCCUGGCAGACGCUCCAUCAUGACCGAUGGCGAGGGGAGAGAACACUUUCACUACUUGGAGAGAGGUGAGCUGAGAGUACCGGUGGCAGUCUUGUACCGGGCACCCAUUCAUGGCCAGGCUGCUGAGGAUGAAGUGGGAAAGGGCAAUACAUGGGGCCCCGAUGGCACGGAGGGAUCUGAUGGCUCUGAAGCUCAGGGCUUGGCUGAUGUUGGCAGUGAUGAUCCUGCUCCAGAUGCAGGUUCGGAUGAACAGGAGCAACAGCCAUAUCCGGCACUUGCACCAGUUGUCUUUUUCUGUAUCAAACAGACCACACGGCCGCGGAGCUGGUGCCUCCGGAUGGUGUGUAACCCCUGGUUUGAGCAUGUAAGCAUGCUGGUCAUCCUGUUGAACUGUGUGACCCUGGGCCUGUUCCAGCCAUGUGAGGACGUCAAGUGCCAGUCUGAGUGGUGUACCGUCCUACAGGUAUUUGAUGACUGCAUCUUUGCCUUCUUUGCUGUGGAGAUGGUCAUCAAAAUGGUCGCUCUGGGAAUUUUUGGUUCAAAGUGUUACCUUGGAGACACUUGGAACCGCCUGGACUUCUUAAUCGUUAUGGCUGGGAUGCUGGAGUAUUCCUUGGAUGGUCACAAUGCUAGCCUCUCAGCCAUCCGGACUGUGCGUGUGCUCAGGCCUUUACGAGCCAUCAACAGAGUCCCCAGUAUGAGGAUACUGGUGACUCUGCUUUUAGAUACUCUGCCUAUGUUAGGCAAUGUCCUCCUGCUGUGCUUUUUUGUCUUCUUUAUAUUCGGCAUUGUCGGGGUGCAGCUCUGGGCUGGUCUUCUGAGGAAUAGGUGUUUUUUGGGAGAGCAAGCAAAGGAGCUGUCGAAUCUGUCUUUCAUGGAGCCAUACUACAUGCAUGGUGAUGGGGAAGACAGUCCAUUUAUCUGCUCCUCUGUAAAGGAGAAUGGCAUGCGCAGAUGCCAUGAUGUUCCCCCUUUUAAAGAGGGUGAGAGGGAAUGCACACUAAGUGCAUUCCCUGGACAGUUCUACAGAGGCCCUCAUACAGCAAGUAAGAACGGCUGUGUGAACUGGAACCAGUAUUAUAAUGUGUGUCGGGCUGGUGAAAUUAAUCCCCACCAAGGGGCUGUGAACUUUGAUAACAUUGGAUAUGCUUGGAUUGCCAUAUUCCAGGUUAUCACAUUGGAGGGAUGGGUGGACAUCAUGUAUUAUGUUAUGGAUGCCCAUUCCUUUUACAAUUUUAUAUAUUUUAUAUUGCUCAUUAUAGUGGGCUCAUUCUUCAUGAUCAACUUGUGCCUGGUUGUAAUUGCAACCCAGUUCUCUGAGACAAAGCAGCGGGAGAACCAACUAAUGCAGGAGCAGCGUGCACGUUAUCUGUCCAAUGACAGUACUCUGGCCAGCUACUCAGAGCCCGGCAGCUGCUACGAGGAGAUGCUCAAGUACAUUAGUCACCUAUACCGUAAGGUAAAGCGUCGCAUGUCACGCCUCUAUCAUGGCUGGCAGAGCAAGCGCAGGAAGAAGGUCAACCCCAACAGCAGCAGCCUGCCUGGGGGAGGUGGGGCCAAUGGGCAUGGCAGGCACAAAAGCUGUGGAAACUGGGCACGCUCUGUCCAUAACCUUAUCCAGCACCACCAGCACCACCACGGUCACCUUAGCAAUGGCAGUCCAAGCCCACAUGCCAUGACAGAGAGUGCUGAUUUUCCCGCGGGGCCCCAAUCAGUACACAGCAUCAUUCAAGGUGACUUUCUCGAGACUUCACAGAUUUGCACAGCCUCCACAGCUGGUGUGACUCAGCUGGGGAGAUUUAAUGGAGGCAUGAACUAUCCUACCAUCUUGCCAUCCUUCAUCUGCAGCUACACAGCCAGCAAUGCUACAGCCAAAGGAAGAGUUGAGGUCAACAACAGCACAGCAGAUAUGGUUGAUCCAUUCGAGAAGUUGCAGCAACUCAGCGGAGAUCACAAACACAGGCGAUUGCUGCUGCAGAUGACAGGCACAGUGCCCACUCCAUUGAUCUUUGAGGUGCUUGGGUGUCCGUACUGUUCCCGGGCUUUAGACAACAUUGACUUGGACCUUGCUGAUUCUGAGUGCUCCAGGUCCGAAGGAGAGGUGGUGCAUGAGUUUUCUCACAGGACUGAGUUCAAACUUGGAGGCUUGCAUCAUCGAAAGAGAUGGAAGGAGAGCAGCCGUCUGGUCCGGUACUGGGAGAACUUUAGGGACAGGAUGAAGCGCAUUGUGGAUAGCAAAUACUUUAACCGUGGAAUUAUGAUCGCUAUUCUCAUUAACACCUUGAGCAUGGGAAUCGAGUAUCACGAACAGCCCGAUGAACUGACAGAUAUUCUGGAAAUAAGCAAUAUUGUCUUUACCAGCAUGUUUGUUCUUGAGAUGAUCUUCAAGCUGAUGGCUUUUGGCAUCUUUGGCUACAUUAAAAACCCAUAUAAUAUCUUUGAUGGGAUCAUCGUAGUUAUAAGUGUGUGGGAGAUUAUUGGACAGGCUGAUGGAGGUCUGUCGGUGCUCAGGACCUUUCGUCUGCUGCGUGUACUUAAGCUGGUGCGCUUUCUGCCUGCUCUGCGCAGACAGCUGGUGGUCCUGAUGAAGACAAUGGAUAACGUGGCUACUUUCUGCAUGUUGCUUAUGCUCUUCAUCUUUACAUUCAGUAUUCUUGGAAUGCACCUGUUUGGUUGCAAAUUUGGCGAGGUGAUGGAAAAUGGAGACACCAUUCCAGAUCGGAAGAACUUUGACUCCUUGCUGUGGGCCAUCGUCACUGUGUUUCAGAUACUUACUCAGGAGGACUGGAACGUGGUCCUCUAUAAUGGAAUGGCUUCCACCUCUCCACUGGCUGCACUUUACUUCGUGGCGCUGAUGACCUUUGGCAACUACGUCCUCUUUAACCUUCUUGUAGCCAUUCUUGUGGAGGGCUUUCAAGCAGAGGGAGAUGCCACUAAGUCUGAUGCAGAUGAGGAGAAGAGGUCAGUCAACUUUGAAGAAGAAGAGAAAAUUAGGGAAUUACGUGCCACAGAAUUGAAGAUGUACUCUUUAAUGAUGUCUGCAAACGGACAUGUAGAUCCUCGUGGUAAUUUGCCACCACCGAUCAUCAUGCGUACAGCAGCCACACCUAUGCCUACUCCAAAAAGCUCCUUAGGAACUGAAUCAAUUUGUGGAAUGGAGGAUUUAAGGCGUGGCAGUGGCAUUUCCAUAGAUCCAAAUGCCUAUGAUCAGAGAUCACUGGCCAGUCCACGAAGAUCACCUUGUCACCCGUGCAGUUCCAGCAGUAACUGGGGAAGUCGCAGGUCAAGCUGGAACAGCCUUAGUCGCGCACCGAGCCUAAAGAGAAAAGACACAUCCAGCGAAAAGGAGUCUUUGUUGUCGGGUGAUGGCAGGGGCAGUUUUGAGGAUGAGGACGCAGAGGGAAACAUGGUAGUACAAACAGGCAGUGUUAGUGGGGGCUCUGUGCACCACCCCAGCUCUCUGGACUUUCCUGAGCUGCCCACAGUGCCCAGUCUUUGCUUAUCAGGAGACUACCAUGACUGCAAUGGCAGAGCAUUGCACUUGUCCACUGAGCUGCCAUCCGAGCUGAUCCGUGAGGACUCCACUGCAGAGGAUGAUAUUGAUGAUAGUUUCUGUUUCCGUCUGAAGAAGGUGCUGAACUUCUUUAAACCCAAGUGGUGUAAAACUCAUGAGGAGUGGUCCCUAUAUCUGUUCUCUCCACAGAACAAAUUUCGAAUUUUCUGUCAGAGGCUUAUCUCACACAAGAUGUUUGACCAUGUGGUCCUGGUCUUUAUCUUCCUUAACUGUAUUACAAUAGCUCUGGAAAGACCGAAUAUUAGCUAUUUAAGCAAGGAACGUAGGUUUCUCACUAUUUCCAAUUAUGUAUUCACUGUGAUAUUUGUUGCUGAAAUGACUGCGAAGGUGGUGGCGCUUGGCUUCUAUUCAGGAAAACAUAGCUAUCUGAGGAGCACAUGGAAUUUGUUGGAUGGAAUGCUAGUCUUUGUUUCACUCAUUGACGUCCUGGUGUUUUUAGUAUCUGCUGGUGGGAACAAGAUCUUCGGCAUUCUAAGGGUUCUGCGUCUGCUGAGGACACUGCGCCCUUUAAGAGUGAUCAGCCGCGCUCCUGGACUGAAGCUGGUGGUCGAAACAUUGAUUACAUCUCUAAGACCCAUUGGAAACAUAGUGCUGAUCUGCUGCGCGUUCUUCAUUGUUUUUGGCAUUCUAGGAGUUCAGCUCUUUAAAGGCAAGUUUUACCACUGUGAAGGCCUGGAUACUAGAAACAUCACCAACAAGUCAGACUGCCUACAAACAAACUACAAAUGGAUUAGAAGAAAGUACAACUUUGACAAUUUGGGGCAGGCUCUCAUGUCACUGUUUGUACUAUCGUGUAAGGAUGGCUGGGUGAAUAUUAUGUAUGAUGGUCUGGAUGCUGUGGGUGUCAACCAACAGCCGGUACGUAACCACAACCCUUGGAUGCUGCUCUUCUUCAUCUCCUUUUUGCUUAUCGUAAGCUUCUUCGUGCUGAACAUGUUUGUGGGUGUGGUGGUAGAGAACUUUCACAAGUGUCGGCAGGACCAGGAAGAAGAGGAGGCUCGCAUGCGGGAGGAAAAGAGACAACGGCUUUUGGAGAAAAGGCGCAGGAGUAAGGAGAAAUGCGGGUCUGAGGCACAGCAGAGACCCUACUACGCAGAUUACUCACCAGCUCGGCUCUACAUCCACACACUGUGCACCAACCACUACCUGGACCUUUUUAUAACCUUCAUCAUUUGUAUCAAUGUGGUUACCAUGUCCAUAGAGCACUACGAUCAGCCCACAUAUCUAGAUGAAGCUUUAAAGUAUUGCAACUACAUCUUUACCGUCUUCUUCGUCUUAGAGGCUCUUCUCAAACUUGUGGCUUUUGGUGUUCGAAGAUUUUUUAAAGACAGGUGGAACCAGUUAGAUCUGGCUAUUGUUUUACUAUCCAUCAUGGGCAUCAUUCUAGAGGAGAUCAAGAUGAAUGCUGCUCUUCCAAUUAACCCCACCAUCAUCCGUAUAAUGAGGGUUUUGAGAAUAGCCAGAGUGCUAAAGCUUUUGAAGUUGGCUACAGGCAUGAGAGCAUUGCUGGACACUGUGAUGCAAGCUCUACCCCAGGUGGGAAAUCUGGGCUUGCUGUUUAUGCUUCUCUUCUUCAUUUAUGCUGCGCUCGGUGUAGAGCUCUUCGGAAAACUGGAAUGCAAUGACAAAAACCCAUGUGAAGGCCUAAGUCGACAUGCCACUUUUGAGAACUUUGGAAUGGCCUUUCUGACCCUCUUCAGAGUUUCAACUGGGGACAAUUGGAAUGGCAUAAUGAAGGACACUUUGAGGGAGUGUACACCUAAAGACAGGAACUGCCUGACCUACUUACCCUUGGUCUCACCCAUUUACUUUGUAACCUUCGUGCUGAUAGCUCAGUUUGUGCUGGUGAAUGUGGUGGUUGCUGUGUUGAUGAAGCAUUUAGAGGAGAGCAAUAAGGAGGCUAAAGAAGAUGCUGAGAUGGAUGCAGAAAUUGAGAUGGAGAUGGAAAUGGCAAGAUGUCAUAGUAAUGAUUCAGCAGGAAGCUCUGAUGGACCGAAAGGCAGGGGGACUCAUGUGGGGCCUGACUCAUCUGGGCAGAAUGAAAGGAUUAAAGAAAUCCAGGAAAAUUUGCUAUCUCCACAGAAGAUGUCAGUAUCCAGGAUGCACUCUUUGCCUAACGACAGCUACAUGUUUCGUCCAGUGAGGCCCGCCAGUGCACCAUACCCACUCCAGGAACUGGAACCAACUCAAGACUACCUUGAAUUAGGCUCAGUGACAUCAAUCCACUCCCAGCCAUGUGAGGGCCAUUCCUUGCUCCAGGUCCCUGGUGUUUCUCCCCAGCCCCACAUUUGCAUGCCCAGGAUCCCUCCUCCAACACCAUCACCAGUGCACAUCACAAGCAGGACUCUGCGUAGGCAGGAAGCAAACAAGAAAAAUUCUAUUGAUGUGCAAACAUAUAACCCCAACCUGAACAAGAGUACAAAAGCUAGCUUGACCUUCCCAGUGCCGUAUAUUUCAGCCCUUAGCAGCCCUCAGGUGUCUCCUUUUCUGCACUCUCGCGGACACUUACCUAGCAUUUGCACCCUUCAACACCCUUACAGCCAGAGAGAUAUCCCUUCCCGAUCAGCCAGCCAGUCAAGCAGCAGCAGCCCCAGCGACUCCAUGUCAGAUUCUGGCGACCCUGUCGACAGGGAGGUGCAUCACAUCACCAGCUCAGCCAGGCUGUGGUCAGGAGCCCCAGCAGAGGGUCGGAGCCAGUCUUUGUCCCCCUACAUUACACCAUGGUCGUUGCCUGUAAAAAACUGCAGCAGUGCCACUAGUCUUACCAUGUACAGCAUCACACACAAGGACUACAAAAACUUUUUCAGUGUGGAUACCAGGGGUUUUUUAGACAAGCCCUCUGGGGCUGAGGACCAUCGACGGCACUCCAUUGAAAUUUGCUCUUCCAUGAACGAAGAUGCAUUUGAUCAGGCUGCUGGUGAAAAGAGACACCAUCCUACACAUGGACUGUCAUUGCACGUGUCCAGGAAAAAGAAGAUGAGUCCUCCCUGCAUCUCUGUUGAACCCCUGCUGGAGACAGAGCACUUGCCAUCUCUCUCGUCCAUGAAGAAGCUGUCUGAAAGCAUGCUACUGCGAAGAAGAACUCCGUCCUAUGAGCUGGCUCUCCAGCGUGACUCACUGGACCUCCUGGAGCAGCAGGACCCCAGCCAACCUCUUAUUAAAGUCGAGAGGCAGCACUCACACUGUGGUGAAUAUCUCUCUCUUCCACGGUACCCUUUUCACCAUUCAGACUCCAGUUCCAUGAGCAGCCUAGCAGGCAUUUUGCAUGAAAAGGACCUGUCCAUACCAUCUCCACCCUUUGACAGUGCACUUGAGGAGUCCACUGAUUUUAGCACAGUAAACAGGACUGCUCAAUGAUAACAGAUACAAACAUUUAAAUGAACCUUGUGGUGCAUGCCAGACACUGUGGCAUUUUUUAUUGUAGGGCACCAGUUACUAAUAUCAAUAGCCAAAGUUUUUCUGAUAUUAAUAUUGUGUUAGCCAGCCAAUAAUGGCAAAUUUGAUAUGAGAGAUUGAGCAAGAUGGGAUAUGCAAUUUCAGGUAUCCAUAUGGAACUCUGGUUCUUAUUAUACUCCCAGUGCUCAAUCACAUUAUUCUGAGUUCAGGACUUGUUUGUUUUUUAUUUAUUUCCUUAUUCAUACCAUCUUGUCAUUAAUAUUGCUGUUUCUGUAAAGACAACACAGAUUAAAUAAAACGAAAUACGGACA